AUGGAAUCCCACCAAAACAAACUUAACGAACACCAUUUCCCACCGGAGCAUUGUUCGCUCACCGAUCAACCUCCACUGUCCGCUUCACCGGUGCCCGAACUCUCCUCUGAGAAUGCCCCCUCCGCCGUCAAUUCAUUACGCCGUCGGACCUCUGCUCGCCGCAGUAUCACAGGCGAGAUUCCCAGUUCAGAUUCCUCUAUCAGUUCCCUAACGAGUUCAAUCGAUGGAAAAAACCCAGAACUCGAGGGAUCAGAGUCUUUAUCCCUUCAAGUUAGCUCGUCGCCAGGUUCGUGUAGCGCAAAUGAAGAGAAUACAGAGGUGUCGACCAUGACUACCGCGGAGAUUAACUCGGACGGCGAAUUGGGCGUAGCGUAUGUCAUAAGAAAGUUGUUGGGGGUUUGGGAAGUUGUAAUUGCUGUGGUGGGUCCAGCGGUAUCUGCACGAGUUGAGGAUUGCAAGUAUCUUUGGAAGGUUGGACACCGCUGUGCGUGGGGUUUGAUAUGGUCGGCCUCUGUUUAUAUCAUUUUAUGUGCCCUCUUGGUUUCCGCGCUUAUAUUUAGUGCGUUUCUUAUGAGGUUCAUAGUCCAGGAGCCUGCGAAGAUCAAAGAAGUAAUAAACUUCGACUACACCAAACACAGCCCCGAGGCUCUGGUGCCAAUCUUGCCUGAUUCAAAUCAUCCUCCACAGCCUACCGGGAAGACCCAGUUGCGGGGUGUUCCCCUGCAUCAUCAAUUUCAUGUCAUUGUCUCACUAACAUUGCCAGAGUCUGAUUACAAUCGAAAUCUUGGGGUUUUCCAGGUAAGAGUUGACUCUCUUUCUGCUAGCGGUGACAUUCUUGCAACCUCGAGGCAUCCAUGCAUGUUACAGUUUAAAAGUGAGCCCCUUCGCCUUUUGCUGACUAUCCUGAAGCUUGCGCCUCUUGUUACUGGGUAUGUAUCAGAGUCACAGACUCUGAACCUUGAGCUUAAAGGCUUCACCCAAGGAGAUAUACCGACUGCCUGUCUAAGGGUUACAAUUGAACAGCGAGCAGAGUUCAAUGAUCGUGGUGCUGGCAUACCCGAAAUAUAUGAUGCAUCCAUAAUCAUUGAAUUCGAGCUUCCCCCGUUUAAAAGGAUUGUAUGGUGGUGGAGGAAGAUUAUCUAUAUAUGGGUUAGCAUGGUAUCGUUUAUGAUGUUGUUGCUUUUUACGCUGCUCUGUUUUAGUCCGAGAAGCCUUCCUGGAAUAUGGGAUGGAUCUGCUGAUGCAAGCUCCACCAGCAACCACAUCUCGGUACAAGAUUAGAUUAGAACAGCCCCACCCCUUAUCCAAAUGUU